AUGUCAGCGGACUCGGUCCCCAUCAAGACUCUGCUUCUCACAGUCUUCAACUCUAUCGUCGAAGUAUUCCUUCUAUGUGUCGCAGGUUAUAUACUGGCGCGCUCAGGCGUGACCGAUAAAGCCACCCAACGAAAGCUGAACGUCAUCAAUGUAUCGCUCUUUACGCCUGCUCUGCUCUUCUCAAAGGUGGCGUACUCUCUCACGCCUUCCAAACUCAAGGAGCUGUGGAUCAUCCCUCUCGGAUUCGUCAUAGUCACUGGUGUAUCGGCUGGAGUAGCUUGGUCUCUUGCGAAAACUUUCAAACUCUCCAAAUCGCAGAGAGCCUUUGCGGUCUGCGCUUCCAUGUUCCAGAACAGCAACUCUCUUCCCAUAGCACUCAUCCAAUCUCUUGUAGUCGAAGUCCCCGGUCUCAAAUGGGACGAGGAUGACAACAAGAAUCAGAUGCUCGGCCGGGCGCUCACCUAUCUCGUGCUCUACUCGACUCUCGGUAUGAUGCUCAGAUGGUCUUGGGGAGUCAAGCUCUUGUCUGGUGCAGACGACGAAACACAGGUAGAACCUGGAGAGACUGGUCUCACCGGGAAUGGAGACUUGGUCCAAAGCCCCGGGCAAAUGGGUAAUAGCAGGGAAGAAGAGAGUGAUCUGUUCUUUUCUCCCCACGAUGGUGAGACCCCGACGCGACACGAAUCAUCCAUGGGGGUCACUCCGACCACUGUCCGUCAUCCCACUUCCCCCACACUCCCCUUCACCGCUCCAGGCUCUGCCCACUCGAUGCACCCGAGCCCCGUCAGGCGCGCCUCGGCCACAGGCACGGAAAGAUCGCACUCUGUCUUGAGCGCCACCAGAGGACUGAGGGCACCUACGCGGACUGACAGUGGAAGGGAGUUCUGGGGCCUUCCUGAAGCUCCUAGAGAAAGGGCGUUUGAUUUGAUCAAUGAAGUCGAUAGCAGCGAUGAAGAAGAUGAGGAAUGGGGCAGCGACUCUCAGCCAAGUCUCCGUCUUCGCCGUCAGCCUCCCCAGACCGCUUUCCAAAAGUUCAAGGCCAAAGGCGAGGUCGUCGCCCAAAAAGUCAACGCCUUCAUGACCGUCCCAAUGUACGCUGCCUUGCUGUCAAUCUUCAUCGCCAUGGUACAGCCUCUGCAGGCCAAGAUGGCCGAGUUCACGCCUCUGGAGCAAGCUAUCAAGGGCGCCGGACAAUGUUCAAUUCCUGUGACUCUAGUCGUCCUCGGCGCCUUCUUCUACACUCCUCCCGCGACCCCCACCAUUCCCAUCUCCCUUCCACCCGACGAACACGAUCCUCCUGCCAAACGUGGCAACUUUUUCGAACGCAAGUUCCGCGCUAUCGCCGGGUACUCUCCCAUCGGGAAUGGGAACGCCGAGCCAAAGCCCAAGGCCUACCCAGGCGAGAAUCGAGCGGUGUUUGUGGCGGUGGUCAGUAGGAUGGUCAUUACGCCACUGGCGAUGAUGCCAUUCCUGGCGGUCAUGGCCAAGUAUGACUUGUUUGAGGCGGCCGAGGAUCCGGUUUUCGUGCUGAGUGCCGUGUUGUUGGUUUCUUCACCUCCCGCGUUGACGCUCGCCCAGAUUACGCAGGCAGCAUCUGGGGAUGCAUUUGAGCGACUUAUCUCGAAAACUAUCAGCUGGUCCUAUGCCGUUCUGACUCCCCCGUUGACUCUUGUCUAUGUCGUCAUUGGUUUGAUUUUUGGUAGGAUGUGA